AGUCUACCGCUUGAAUCAAGAUAGUGGCUUCAGAAAAUUCUCUGAGUUUUGAUUGGUUCGUGCGCGGGAAUAAAAGAAAUACUCGAAGCGAGGUAAAAAGCGCGAUUUUUCGAAAUCAAAACACGCGAACGAAAUCGUUGGAUUUUAAAAUUAUCACUGUCCCAUGGCUGAGAUUCUGGAAGAAUUUGAUCAGCCGUCACCUUGCACUGUUGGAUUUUGUCAACAGAUUCCACUUGAAGAAUAUGACCAGCGAUCAGCACAGACUACACAAGCUGCGCUCCAUGGAUUGCUUGAUCACCUCGACUCCAAUCCUGAAGAAUUUUAUAAGAUCUUACGGCGAAAGAAAGCAGAUAACCUGAAGUUGCUGCAGUUCGUGAAGGUUAAAGUGAUGAACCAUCUUCAAGACGACUAUCUGGAAAAGUACUUUCCUGAAGAGCAAUGUCAGAGAGAGCUGGAAAGUCUGAAGAGGGAAAUGGCUUCAGCUUAUGAUUAUGCACAAGAUGGUAAGAAAACAGGUGUGAGGUUCUCUAAAAGGUUGGCUGAGUGA